AUGGGUAUACGGAUGACAAACACACAAGCGGAGUCGAAUUAUGUAGACCCGUCGAAGCCACCCCCCCAGCCCCCACCAGAUGGCGGGAAGUACACCUUACAGUCACAGAAACAACCUUACGAUUUUGUGGCGAAUAGAACCACACGGAAACGCAACAAUUUAUUAGAAGCGACAGGCCACUUAAUUAAGGGCUGUUUAGGUGGCGGUAUAAUGGGCAUACACGAAGCAUUCAUGAAGGGUGGUCUAUGGACGUCUUUAGUUAUGACCAUCGUCUUUGGGUUCUAUAUCUCGUAUUGUUUACAUUUACUAGUGAAUUCAGCACAAGUAUUGUACACACGGGUGCACGUACCCGAAAUGUCGUAUCCGGACGUGGCAGAGGCUGCUCUACAAGUGGGACCGUUUCCUAGGUUAAGGAAAUAUAGCAAGUGGUUCAGAUAUGCAGUGGAUCUAGCUAUUUGCAUAGACCUUUUCGGCGCUUGCUGCGUGUACCAAAUAAUAAUUGCGAAAACUCUUAGAGAGAUUAUAGAACAGAACCAAGAUCUAGACUUGAAUAAUCUAAGACUGUAUAUAUUAGCUCUGUUGAUACCAAUCCUAUUAUUGUGUAUGAUAACCACGUUGAAAUAUUUAGCGCCUUUUUCAUUAAUCGCUGACGUUUUUAUUGUUGUUUGUGUCGCUGCAACCGUAGUGUAUAGUCUUAGGUCAGCUCCACCCAUAUCAUCAGUGCCCGCUUGGAAAGACGCGGUGGGUUUCUUUGAGUUUUGCGGAAUCGUUGUUUUUAGCAUGGAGGGUAUUGGAGUCAUAUUACCCAUUGAGAACAAUAUGGAGAGUCCCAAGAAAUUCCCCAUUGUUAUUGGAUUAGGUAUGACUAUUGUUCUGAUAUUCCUUGUGAUGGUCGGAUUUUUCGGCUAUUGGGGAUUUGGUGAGAAAUCUGUGUCACCUGUUACAUUAAAUUUUCCUGGAGAUACAUUUCCAACAAUCUUGAAAGCUCUCAUGGGUCUUAUGAUAUUCAUCACAUUUGCUCUCAACUUUUGGGCUCCGUUUAACCUGGUCUGGCACUACGUCUCCAAGAGGCACGACCCAAAGAAGCACUGGAUAUAUGAGAGGAUCUACAGAGGAUCUUCUGUUAUAAUUAUAACUGCUAUUGCCAUUGCAUUUCCUAAUAUUGGGAACUUGAUGGGAUUACUGGGAGCUUUCUCCUUAUCACUAAUGGGUUUCAUUUUCCCAGCCACAAUCGAUCUCCUGGUUGUGUGGGAAAACCCUGGCCUGGGAAGAUGGAGAUGGCGACUUUGGAAGAAUAUCUUAAUUAUAUUUGUAGGCAUCCUUCUGUUAAUUGCUGGUACUUACUCUAAUGUGAAGGGAUUGAUAAAAAAUUUGUAG